AUGUCAGCACCGCCUCGAGUCACUGCGACAGCUCCUACAUCCUCAGACCAGUCUGAAGAUGCCCCGCGUCCGGCCCCAACAGCAAUUCAGCCUUCAGACAACCCAAUUCUACCCGAAGGGCCGAGCAUGACACAUAACGCUUCAAAGAAGAAGAGAAAUCAUAGAGGAGGAAAGAAGAAGAGGACGCGGAAGCAGUCUUUUGCGCUUCCGAAUGACGGGGGCUCUGGGUUGCAAGAUUCUUCUCGAGGACGUAGAGGCGAUGAGGACGAGCAGAAUGCUGCGAGAGCUAGCUUUUACAGACUUCAAAAUGCCCCAAAUAGCAAUACGAGUCUUGAGAGUGAGGCGCUAUUAGACCAUCGUGCGCAACAAAGCCUUCGACCUCGCCGCCAAUCUGUUAUGGGCUCGAGUGCCUUCGGUGUGCCUAUAUACGAUCCUCCAUCCUCCCAUCGACCAUCCUACCAAAACCCUUUCCACAAGUCAUCCGAGAAUGUCAAUCGAAGACCUAAAACUGCAAACAAAGAUAGCGAUUCGGAUGAAGGUCCUGGCAAUGAGCGAACACCUCUUAUCUCCUCCUCCACCAAAGCCAAAAGUUCCAAUGCUACAUAUACUUUUGGUGGAGAAGGGGCCUCGAGGCCAACUGCAAGCUCCGGACGACGGCGAAGACCAUCAAGCAAGUCUUCUUCAAAGAGUAGACGCAAUAUUUACGACAAACCAAGUCCUACGUUUCCAAGCCGAAAUGAGGCGUAUAAUGUGAAUUAUCCCCCUUCGGUGCCUGGCAGCCCGACCCUGAGUGCUUCAAACCGGGAUAUGAAUUUUGGCGAUUUGAUGGCUCGAGAUGAAUUCUCAGGUAUCAGAGAUAAUGUUAGUGAGAGUGCGGUUCCAGACGAUGACCAGAUGUCAAGAAGGAGCAUUUCGCCGCGACGAGAAGGCGGCUUGGAACGAAGACAUACCAUUGCCCUGCAAGCUGAGGAAGAUGUAUGCUUCCCAAUUGAGGACAUGUCUGAAGUAGCAGACGAUGAGACGCCACAUAGAGGCGAAGUAGCUUAUAGACGGGAGUCUAGAAGGAGACGGUCCAGAUGGCCUGAUCUAGCUAUGCUUGAUGAUUGGAGUAGGUUCGAAAAGGAAGGAAGAAGUGAUGAGCGAAGAGCAAAGAAGAUUACGGAGCCACAACUGAUUGGAGGCCGGUUGAGACCGAUACAUAAAGGUUGGCAUCGAGCGGAAGAUGAUGCGCCUUAUCGAUUUACCUACUUUAAUGAGGAAUUUCCAAGCACGAUUCACAGUCAGACUAUUUCUGAGCUCGUGCAACCUGGAGGCACUUUCCGAGAACUUUUCAUUCCAGAUCCGCCGGAACUGGAGGAUUCUUCUGAUUCCGAGUCAGAGGAUGAAGGACUACAGCCAAGAACAGACUCUCAAUUACGACAUGUACAAGGAUUUGAUGGAGAGUCUCGAGUACCCACGAGACAAAGUUCUCUUUUUGAGCAAAAGCCGGAUCAUCACAGGCGUAGUGAGUCUGUCAACGGCUCGAAAGAUGCUUCAGGAGAGGCCACACCAAAUGGGGGUAUCAAAUCGCCUGAGCCACCAAAGCCUAAAGGAGAAAAGACAAAACGAUAUGGUGAUCGACCAACAUGGUGGUUGGAUGUACUUUCGCCAACAGAUGCUGAGAUGAAGGUUAUUUCGAAAACUUUCGGCAUCCAUCCUCUCACAGCAGAAGAUAUCAUGAUGCAGGAAGCACGUGAGAAAGUUGAGCUCUUCCGAAACUACUACUUUGUCAACUAUCGAUCGUUCGAACAGGAUAUGAAUAAUGAAGACUUUUUGGAGCCGGUAAAUAUGUAUGUGGUCGUCUUCAGAGAGGGUGUGAUCAGCUUCCAUUUCUCCAUGACGCCACAUCCGGCAAAUGUUCGACGAAGAGUCCGUCAGCUCAAGGAUUUCCUUAUCCUUUCCUCUGACUGGAUCAGUUACGCCAUCAUCGAUGAUAUCACCGAUGUCUUCGCGCCCCUCAUCCAAAACAUCGAAGACGAAGUCGACGAUAUCGACGAUGCGAUUCUGAAACUGCACUCUCCAGGCUCGGAAGCCAAGCCCUCAAAAGACAACGAAAAAGGAUCUGUCUACGGCGAUGGCACUUCUGGCGAGAGCGGCGGUGACAUGUUACGUCGUGUAGGCGAUUGCAGAAAGAAAGUCAUGGGUCUAUAUCGAUUACUAGGUAAUAAGGCAGAUGUCAUCAAAGGCUUCGCAAAGCGCUGUAACGAACACUGGGAAAUCGCGCCGAGAUCUGAGAUUGGUCUUUAUUUGGGUGAUAUUCAAGAUCACAUCGUUACUAUGACUGGGAAUUUGAGUCACUAUGAAAAAAUCCUAGCACGCUCCCACGGCAACUACCUAGCCCAAAUCAACAUCCGCAUGAACGAGCGGCAAGAGCAAACCGCCGACGUCCUCGGCAAACUCACGGUGCUGGGCACGAUCGUGCUCCCUAUGAAUAUCAUCACGGGAUUGUGGGGUAUGAAUGUGUGGGUUCCUGGACAGGAAUACGAGGGUGAUCUCACGUGGUUUUGGUGUCUUACGGCGGGGUUGUUGGUGUUUGGCAUCUCGUGCUUUUUUAUCGCGAAGAUUGCUUAUAGGAUUGUGUAG